CUGUGGUUUACAGACCUCACAGCACCAGAUUCCACGUGGAUUAUGCCAGUUUCACUUGGACUCCUGAAUUUGCUGAUAGUGGAGAGUUUCAAAUGGGAGAGUCUUGGCAAGAGAGAAGUUCAUGCCAUCAGUUUGCAAACCCCAUCCCUGAACUCUACAGAAGAGCUUUGGGAAGAGAGUAUCUACAUAGGAGCAACUUUUCUCCUGGCUUGCCUCCCUGGUAAUGAGCUUAUGCAUACAAGGCUGAAUGCUAUACUGCAGGAGGAGUUCUGAACCACCUCCUGUAAUUGGUCCUGAAGUCAAAACCUACUUCACUGAACGUGAAGCUGAAGGGAAACUGAAGAACAUAGACUAGGAUUUCAGCUUAAUGUGGGAAACUAUGAAGAAAUCCUCUGUGUGUUCUCCUGAAUCAUAAAGGCUGGUGAGAACAAGAAGCCUAACUCAUCAUUAAUCCACAGGCAAAGUACUAUUCAAGCAGCUGUAGUGAAAGCUCUCGUACACUGCCCUGGAAAUAACCUCAGCCUUGACGUGGUAAAAUGACCCUAGAUAAGGACACAGAAUGAACUUUUGUAAUGGAAUCAAGGACAUGGAAAUAACAAAAACUGCAGACACAAUCGACUUGCAGUGUUCAGUAAGGCUCUUCUGCUGUGAGAAAAAUUGAGACUUCGCAGAAACCAUGUCCCUGAGCCCUUUGAACCAGGCUGGUGAAGAACAACAGGUCCAAAUAGAAUUACCAAAAAGCAGACCAAGACCGUAUGGGUUAGUGAUUCCAAUUAGUACCGAUGCAGAUGGAAGCUAUAUCUCCAAUAUACUCUCUGCAAGCCAUCAAAGAAGAUCAACACGGGAGGUAUCCCAGAGCCCCAAACAGCUGUAUUUUAAUGUCACCGCGUUUGGAAGGGAAUUCCAUCUCCGGCUGAAACCCAACACUCGUUUAGUGGCUCCUGAGGCAGUAGUGGAGUGGUACGAAGACUCUGUGGAAACUGGAAGUGGAAAUGGUGCUGGUAACUCAAGUCAGACUAGAACUGCUACAGAGAGGUUGUGGAAAAGAGAGCCCCUGUGGACCAACUGUGCUUACGUGGGAGACAUAACUGACAUCCCUGGAGCUUCUGUUGCAAUUAGCAAUUGUGAUGGUCUGGCUGGUAUGAUAAGAACUGAUGAGGAUGAAUACUUCAUUGAGCCUUUGGAAAGAGGAAAACAAAUGGAAGAGGAAAAGGGAAGAAUCCAUAUGGUGUACAGGCGAUCAGCUGUAGUGCAACAUAUCACUGAUACUCUGCCUGAUGUCCACACUGAAGAAUCUCUUCUUGGGGGCCUUGGAGACCUGAGUUCCCUGUACAGCAGUGUAGAACAGCAACUGAAUGAAACCCUGAGGCGACGCAGGCAUGCAGGAGAUGACGACUACAACAUUGAGGUGCUGCUAGGUGUGGAUGACUCUGUCGUCCGGUUCCAUGGCAAAGAACAUGUUCAAAACUACCUCCUUACCCUCAUGAACAUAGUGAAUGAAAUUUACCAUGAUGAAUCCUUGGGUGUUCACAUAAAUGUUGUGCUGGUCCGAAUGAUCAUGCUGGGGUAUGCAAAGUCCAUUAGCUUGAUUGAAAGGGGGAAUCCCUCGAGAAGCCUGGAGAAUGUUUGCCGCUGGGCGUACCAGCAGCAGAAGUCAGACCCCAAUCACUCUGAGCACCAUGAUCAUGCCAUCUUCUUGACUAGGCAAGAUUUUGGGCCUGCUGGUAUGCAAGGAUAUGCUCCUGUUACUGGCAUGUGUCACCCGGUCCGAAGCUGUACUCUCAACCAUGAGGAUGGGUUUUCAUCAGCUUUUGUUGUUGCUCAUGAAACUGGUCACGUGCUGGGAAUGGAGCAUGAUGGGCAAGGGAACAGAUGUGGGGAUGAGACAGCAAUGGGGAGUGUUAUGGCUCCCUUGGUGCAGGCUGCCUUUCAUCGUUACCACUGGUCCAGAUGCAGUGGCCAAGAACUCAAAAGAUAUAUACACUCUUAUGACUGUCUUCUUGACGAUCCUUUUGAACAUGAUUGGCCGAAGCUCCCUGAACUGCCAGGCAUCAAUUAUUCCAUGGAUGAACAGUGCCGCUUUGAUUUUGGUGUUGGCUAUAAAAUGUGCACAGCGUUCCGAACCUUUGAUCCGUGCAAGCAGUUGUGGUGUAGCCAUCCAGAUAACCCGUAUUUCUGUAAGACUAAGAAAGGACCUCCACUCGAUGGGACAGAAUGUGCCCCUGGAAAAUGGUGCUACAAAGGUCACUGCAUGUGGAAGAAUGCUAACCAGCUGAAGCAGGAUGGCAACUGGGGACCCUGGACAAAAUUUGGCUCCUGCUCACGAACCUGUGGAACUGGAGUUCGCUUCCGAACGCGCCAGUGCAACAAUCCAAUGCCGAUUAAUGGAGGUGAAGAUUGUGUUGGUGUCAAUUUUGAGUUUCAACUGUGUAAUACGGAAGAGUGUCCGAAGCACUUUGAGGACUUCAGAGCGCAGCAAUGUCAGCAACGCAAUUCCCACUUUGAGUAUCAGAACAGCAAACACCACUGGCUGCCAUAUGAACACCCUGACUCUAAUAAGAGAUGCCACCUGUACUGCCAGUCCAAAGAAACGGGAGAUGUUGCUUAUAUGAAACAAUUGGCACAUGAUGGGACUCGCUGUUCAUAUAAAGAUCCCUACAGCAUUUGUGUUCGUGGAGAAUGUGUGAAAGUGGGUUGUGACAAGGAAAUUGGUUCUAAUAAGGCUGAAGAUAAGUGUGGCGUCUGUGGUGGAGAUAACUCCCAUUGCCGAACUGUGAAAGGAACCUUUACCCGCACUCCCAAAAAGCUUGGGUACCUUAAGAUGUUUGACAUCCCUCCUGGUGCUCGACAUGUGUUUAUCCAAGAAGACGAGGCUUCUCCUCAUUUUCUUGCAAUUAAGAACCAGGCUACAGGGCACUAUAUUCUGAAUGGAAAGGGGGAGGAGGCCAGAUCCCGAUCUUUCAUCGACCUGGGUGUGGAAUGGGAAUACAAUAUAGAAGAUGACAUAGAAACUCUGCACACUGAUGGGCCUUUGCAUGAUGCAGUGGUUGUCCUGAUCAUUCCUCGGGAGAAUGACACAAGAUCUAGCCUGACUUACAAAUACAUCAUUCACGAGGAUUCAGUACCAACUAUCAACAGCAACAACGUCCUACAGGAGGAAAUAGAUACUUUUGAGUGGGCGUUGAAAAGUUGGUCACAGUGCUCCAAACCCUGUGGUGGAGGAUUCCAGUAUACCAAAUAUGGGUGCCGCAGGAAGAGUGAUAACAAAAUGGUUCAUCGCAGCUUCUGUGAAGCCAGCAAAAAGCCAAAGCCAAUUCGUAGAAUGUGCAAUCUUCAGGAAUGUACACGGCCUCUGUGGGCAGCAGAUGAAUGGGAAUAUUGCACAAAAACCUGUGGGAAUUCAGGCUACCAGAUCCGCACUGUGCGUUGCAUUCAGCCCCUUCAUGAUGGUGCAAACCGCUCUGUCCAUUUCAAGUACUGUAGUGGAGAUCGCCCUGAAAGUCGCAGGCCGUGCAACCGAGUACCAUGCCCUGCGCAGUGGAAAGCUGGGCCCUGGUCUGAGUGUUCUGUGACCUGUGGGGAGGGAACCGAGACCCGGCAGAUCAUAUGCCGUGCUGGUGACCAUUGCGAUGGAGAAAAGCCAGAAUCAGUGAGGGUUUGUAAACUCCCUCCCUGUAAUGAUGAGCCCUGUAUGGGAGACAAAUCUAUCUUCUGUCAGAUGGAAGUGCUUGCACGUUACUGUUCCAUCCCUGGCUACAACAAGCUGUGCUGUGAGUCCUGCAGCAAGCGCAGCAGCACUCUCCCACCACCAUUCCUUACUGAAGCUGCUGAAACUGAGGAGGAAGUGAUGUUUGAUCAAAGUGAUUUGCCUAGAGCUUUGGUGAUGCCAACGCCUUUAGUCCCCCAUUAUGCAGAGUUCCUGCCAGGGAGAAGGGGCCUGGGCAGGCUUCAUUUCGCAGAAGAGGAUACAGAUACACACGUCUUCCAGUCAAACACAAAGCCUAAGGGUGCUGAGUUUCCACAACGGAGAGUUCCUCUAGCAACCAAGACUUCGAAGCUAUUUGCUUUGUUCCACCAGCCACCUGCCAACAGUAGCAAUCUUGGUCCUCCAAAUGACCUUGCUUUGGUCGCAGCUGUUCCUGUGGUGUCAGCUAAUAACACCGCAGUGGGUGCUCCUUCUCCAUCAAGAACCUCACAGAAGAGUGAGAGGCAAAUUGACAAGAGAUGGCCUUCAAGGUCCUCCACUGUGGAAAGAUGAAUGUGAAUGCCACAUGGAGAAUAGUUGCAGAAAGAAGCUUUAGUUCACUUUGUGUUUCCCUUCUGGACACUACGGCGCAUCCACGAGCAGGACGCUGCAGAUCAUCAACUAAUUCUCCUUGUAAAUACAAAGAACAAGAAGUGCUGGUUCACUUUCUAGUUGCUUCCCGUCCCUCCUUCCAUACUGUGUCAUCUGCUUAGCUUGAAUGCGUUGGAGGAAAGCACCAAAGAAUAAUCCUAACAGUGCACAAAAGUUGCCGAGGACAUCGGUCAAGCUUUAGUACAGGGAAAGUGGCCACGUCCUCAGUAGUCACCUCACGAUUUUUGUUUUUAAACACUCACAUGUAGAAAACACCCCACUACAAGAAGUACCAAACGUUUACAUGAUACAAAAUACUUUUGCAGUGGAACAACUGAAUUAAUAAGACUUGUUUUGCUAAUUUAUCUAUAUAAAUGGAUAUUGUAUGAGCAAAUUUGCAGCUGUUGUGUAAAUACUGUAUAUUGCAGAAAAUCAGUAUUAUUUUUAAGAGUUUUGUGCUGUCAGACAACCGUUUACCUAUGUUACAUUCUGGACAACUGCUAGGUGCCUGCCAUUGAGUACUGCCUUAUUUACAUUCCACAAGUUGAUUUUUUAAGCAGCAUUGUCAUAAAAGGAUAAGUUCCAUUUUCAUAUGAAUUACAUCUACUGAUACUAGGAAAGAGUUUGUUGUUUGUUUUUUAAUAUCAACAAUGUGAUGCUUUCUUUUCAAGUAGAGGGGGAAAAAAGAAGUAUAAUUCUAAAAGUAUGAGUCUGCUUAUUGCCACCUGCCCAUUAAAAGUCGGUUUAGACAUUUUAGCGUAAUUCCAGUCACAGGUUGGAAAAAUGCUUUUAUGUGCCUGUGAAACGAACACUGAGACCUGCAGCCUACACUGAGCAGGCACUGCUUUGGUUAGGAGUUGCAGUGCUGUCCCUUAAGUCUGCUCUUGCCUGAGAGGUCAGACCAGUGUAGGAAACCAUGUAUAUACUGUAAGUACUGUAAUAUUCACAAGUCAAAAAGUUGUGUUUUCCAGAUGAUCCAGCUGUUUUUAAUGAAGCUAAAAAAGCAUCAUAGUGGUAGCACUAAGAAGAAAUAGCUGUGGCAAGACUUAAAAGAUUUUUUUCCUAUUGGAAGCAUUGGUUUAAAGGUGAGAGAGAUAUUUAUUUUUCAGCAUGGUUCACCUCAAAAUCUCCACAAGCACAAUGCAUCUGACUGCAAUAAUGUACUAGUAAUUUAUGUCAAUAACCAUCUUGUUCACAGUCCAUCCAAUCACACUCUCUCCUGUGUGUUGCUGUAAAGUACUUGUAUAUAGGAUUGAGAACUAAAGAUAUUUAUUAAAAGUUGAAUUCUUGAUAGUAUUUUAUGUACUAAAUAUUUACACUAAGGGCAGUUGACUAUCCUUUUUGCCAAGAUAAAAUAGAUGUAACUAGAUACUUGUACAUGCUAUGUCAUAUGGAUAGAACAGAAAUUUAAGCUAACUAAACUACUGUAGAGAAAUUGUUGAUCUUAUUGUUAAAAAUAAUAAAAAAAAAAAGUGACAAUUUUUUUUUUAUUACAAGCAUCUUUAAUUUCAAAGUGAGAUAUUAAAUAUUCAUGUGCAAUUUUUGUUUCCCCAUAAGAAGUUCUCAUGAUUGCCCUAUUUGACAGAACAGCGGAUGUGUACCUAUAACCUACUAUAAAACAGUAGCAUUCCAAAUUAGGACUCCAAAGAUUAAAUUCUGGAAAGAAACUUCUGAGGUGAUUAUGCAUAAUCACUAGGAUAAGGUAAGGAUGAAAACUGUUGUCAGAAGACUUUUAUUGUAAAUGAAAUUUAAGAAGAAUCCUUUUCAAGGAAGUAUGGGGUCACUGCGCAUCUUACACUGUGAUGUGCAUUAUCUAACCCACUGUAGUACCUACUCACCACCUCUAAAGAAUUGCUGCUACCUUUCUGCAAGGCUUUUGAAGGUCAAAGAAAUUAGUAUUAAAUAUGGUGUACAGACAAUCCCUGAGCCUCAAACAGACAAAUAGGGUGUGUUUUAUUACUUGGAAAUUUCCAAAAAGUCAAAUUCUCUGUCUUUAUCUUCUACAUAUAUACAAUGUGGGUGUAGAUAAUCAUUGUACCUUUUUGCUUUCUUUUCUACCAAGCUAUUUUCUCUUUCAUUAAAGUGUACACUACUGAUCCUGUUUGUUGUACUGGGGAGCAUGUAGCAAUAAAAUCUUUAAGAUAAUAA